AUGAUGAUGACGUGCCGUCUGCAGUGCGCCCUGUUGGUGCUCGCCCUGUGCUGCUGCCCGUCCGUGUGCGUGACGCAGAGUGGAGAUGCAACAGGUAAAGGUGGAAAGGAUUCCGAUCAAAAUGAUGAAAACACCGGGGGACGAGGUCAGGCGAGGGAUCAGCCCAUUAUAACCCCUCAGCCACAGACAAACGAAAAAGGAAAAGAAAUAAACCAUGUACCGGAUACGGUGUCUCAUACGUCACAGACAAAGGCUAAAGUAACCGAAUUGGAACAGUCGCAAAGGAAUCUCAAUGAUACGAAACUGGAACAAGAAGGUGAGAAAUCCACUAAUGAAAAGGCGGAAAAUGCGAACACUAACACGUCAAAUGAACAAAAAAAGGCCGCCGCACCAACUACGACCACGACGACCACUACAACAACGACGACGACCACUGCGCCAGAGGCACCAAUUACGUCUACAGAGGCGCCAACCACGACGACCACCCGCGCACCGUCACGUCUUCGCGAAAUGGACGGCAGCCUCAGCAGCUCUGCGUGGAUGUGUGCCCCGCUGCUGCUCGCCGUAUCCGCGCUGGCGUACACCGCUGUGGGCUGA